GCCAAUAUUUUCAUCUUCGUAUAUGUUUGUAUGAUACAGAUGUACUAGAUUAAAGAGCCAAAUUGAAUUUACUAAAAGUCUGAUAAAAUGUCGCACAUUAACACAAUUAUUUUUAUUUCUUCCUGCAAGUAACUACUGUUAAGGAUGGCAACCCCUGUCUAUAAUCAGUGACGGAAUAGAGAAAAUGUUUCUGAGCUGUGGUGUCUUGACUGCUGGAAUUAAUUCUCAUUCUUUUAGCGGUUUCCAGACUUCCUUGUUAGUUAUUUAAUUACGAUUAAUACAGUUUUCUUUUUAAUUCUACUUGUUUAAAAGUGUGUUGAUUUUAUAGUUAACCUUGCCAGACAAUUAAUUGAAAACCGAUCGGUCCAUAUAAGAUAAAAAAAAUUGUCGACUGCUGUGAAAAACUAACUGAACCUUUUGGUGUUACCCAAAGCCAACAGUGUGUAAUAUUGCGCUGCAUAAUAAUAACACCAAUAUGGCAAAUCAAUGGGGCCAAAAGGCAGAGGAAUUAGAAAUAACAAAUAAAGUUGCUGGAAUAGGCUUACAAAAACCUCAUGAUCAGACAACUGACACUGAUGAUACACCUGAUGCCGCAAAUCCAGCAGAAACAUCCCUGUUAAUGAAAAUCAUAAGACAGGGGUUAGUUGAAUCUAAAUUAGAUAUUGAAGUUCAGAGAAAAGAUCCAAAUUCACCAUUGUACUCUGUAAAAACAUUUGAAGCACUUCACCUGAAGCCAAAUUUGCUCAAAGGUGUUUAUGCUAUGGGUUUUAAUGCUCCAUCCAAAAUUCAAGAAACAGCAUUACCAACACUUUUGGCGGACCCACCACAGAAUAUGAUUGCUCAAUCUCAAUCAGGGACUGGAAAGACAGCAGCAUUUGUGUUAGCAAUGUUGAGUAGAGUUGAUUCUUCAAAAAAUUUUCCACAAGUCUUGUGUCUGAGCCCAACAUAUGAACUUGCAAUUCAAACAGGUGAAGUUGCAGCUAAAAUGGCUAAGUUUUGUCCUGAAAUCAAACUGAAGUAUGCUGUCAGAGGUGAGGAAGUACCUAAGGGUACAAAGAUAACUGAUCAUAUUAUAAUUGGAACACCAGGCAAGAUGCUUGAUUGGAGUGUGAAAUUUGGCAUGUUUGAUUUAAGCAAGAUUAAAGUCUUUGUUUUGGAUGAAGCUGAUGUUAUGAUAGAUAGACAAGGACAUCAAGAUCAGUGUAUUCGUAUUCACAAGUGUUUGCCUCCAACAUGCCAGAUGAUGUUCUUUUCAGCAACAUAUGGUAGUGCAGUAAUGGAGUUUGCAGAGAUAAUUGUUCCCAAUCCAAUUAUUAUUCGGCUGCUUCGUGAAGAAGAAUCAUUAGACAACAUAAAACAAUAUUACGUAAAAUGUCAAAGUCCAGAAGAGAAAUAUAGAGCCAUAUGUAGUAUUUAUGGAGUAAUUACAAUAGGGCAGGCUAUAAUUUUUUGUCAUACAAGAAAAACUGCCGGUUGGUUAUCAGAGAAAAUGUCUAAAGAUGGUCAUUCUGUAGCUGUCUUAUCAGGAGAACUCACUGUAGAACAAAGAAUAGCAGUUUUAGAUCGAUUUAGGGCAGGUUUGGAAAAAGUUCUUAUUACAACUAAUGUCUUGUCAAGAGGUAUAGAUGUAGAACAAGUAACAUUGGUUGUAAACUUUGACAUGCCAAUGGAUAUGGAUAAGAAAGCAGAUUGUGAAACUUACUUGCACAGGAUAGGGCGUACAGGGAGGUUUGGCAAAGCUGGUAUUGCUAUAAAUUUGAUAGAUUCACAACAGGCUAUGCAGAUCUGUUCAGAUAUUGAAGCACAUUUUGGUAAGAAGAUUAGAUUACUCGACAUUGAGGAUGCAGAAGAAAUUGAGAAGAUUGGUGCAUAAAUUAUUACUCUUAUAAAAUUAACUUUUAUUUUUGUA